CUUUGUCACACCUUCUGUUCCAUGUAUUUCUUUGCAUUCACAUGCGACAACUGAAUUCAAAAUAAUCAGGCAUAAUAGCAAUGGAGCAUGACGUGUCUGCAGAGACAAUUGCUACUUUUAGCGCGCUCCGAGGCCCUGCCUCGUCCCUCAUGACUCUUUCUUCGAUUGAUGCAUCGAAUGCUCAAGAGGCUACUCAAAAUCUCAACAUAAUCCACACAGUACUCACUUCCAUGGCUGUUCCGGAAUUACAUUUGACCAAACAACUGAUCGCGUACACGCAGCAUGCUCUCAAUCAUGUUCUGCGGCUAUGUCAAAAAUUUAUGCAACUCGACAAGCGGUUUGAUUUCUUAGUUGAGGCAUGGUGUCGAUGCCUUGAAUUUCUGCUUAAAUUGCCAGAUGGAUAUGCUUUUGUCAUGGGUGCCAACUGGCAGUAUAGUCAGCUAUUGUUUGAUGUCCUGUUCAGGGCUGUAGAUGGGCUGCCUGUCAGACAUGUGAAGGAAAAGGAACAGGGACAGGAACAAGGACAACAUCAAUUCUCAUCUGUACGGAGGCAUGACCCUACGGCUCUCCCAAAAGAUAGGAUGGCAGAUGAAGUUCGGCUAACUGCACUUCGAUGUCUUGUUUUGGCUUUGCCGCUCAACAAGGAUGUGCCCACGGUCUCUAGUGAAUCGAGUACUACCCUUGAAGUCGCAGACACCUUAUUUGAAGUUGGCGAUAGACAAUAUAGAACUGACAAGGAUAAAGUGGUUCGGGAUCACCUUUUGGAGCCAGCGAACAAUUCUACUCUUGGUCAAAUGCUAGUUAUUCUCCUUACUGUCUCAAAAGAUGCAGAUUUGGUUCAACUACGUCGAAUGGCAUUGGAAGGUAUCAUGAAGCUUUUGAAAUGUUUAGAAACGCCAGAGCGCAUCGCAACGUGGUUUCCAGGAUUAGCAGCUGGUCUGACAGAAACUAUGUUGAGACGGGGACACAAAGAGAAUCAUAGCGUAUUGGUGAAGUCACUGGACAUUUGGACUUAUUUGCUCUCAAUUCUCCUUAAAGACCAAGAGAAUUCAUCAAAAUCUCAACUAGUAGAGGCAGUUGCCGGUGGGUCUGGUUUGGGGCAGACAUUGAUGAGCAUGUAUAAGGACAAGGCAAAGUUGAAAGUCGAGAUUACAGAUCAGAAUCAUCAGUCGUCAGUAAAGUCUCAAUCACCUAUGAUAUAUAGAUCAGAAGAGUGGAUGAAAAAGACAAAUAAGGGACUCAGGACUUUAUUCAAGCAGCUUGCGCCGCUCAGAGCACACUCACAUUGGAUGGUUCGGUUCAAAUUCGGAGAGAUGGCGUUUACUGUCAUGAGGAACUGUCAACAAACACUUGCUGCGUGCGAGGGCUUAGGAAUAGGAAGCAAUGUAUCCGGAAUUACUUCGUUCUUGUUAGAGACUUUGAUUAGUUGUACACAGGACGAGUACAGGGAUGUUUAUGAGCCCGCGAGGGUGUAUUUAGGUGAACUGAAUGAGGAACAUGCAAACCCUGAGCUCACGAGCACAGCCAAAGAGAUCCUCCGAGAGAAAUUGAUGGUUCUACCUCGAAUACUGCAUGCUAUCGACGAAUCAAAGAAGCAGAACGCAAUUCGACUAGCACAGGGAUUAGCUCUUUUUAUUGGCAACCAAACGGAAUCGCUAAUCAACUACCAGACACUCCCAUCGUUCGUCCAACCGUGGCUCAACGCCCUAACUAUUGAGCAGUUGGACCAACAUAACAUGGAUGAGCGAAGGGGAAUCCUUGGGAGCGUUGAAUCGGCCAAUUUAAAACCCAACACUGGAGAUAACGAUCAGGAACAGGCUCGUUGGAACGCAUGGGUGCAGUCACAUAAAGGCUCUGGCCGUAAAUUCGGAUUUCCCCGAAGAAUCCAUGUUCAUCUAAGAGAGCAGUCAACCGCCAAUGCCUUCAUGGGGCUGUUGCGCCAAUUAGGAUCGACUGUAGAGAUCGACAUGUGGACAGAGGAGCUGAUUUCCCGCCUCCAACAGGAUUGUCGGAGUGUUCGAGAGAGCUUGGGCUGGUUCGAUACUGGAACUGUCUCAAGUGUGCUUAUGAUGAACCACCUACUCCUCGGAGCUCAUGGCAUUGGACUCGCGACCUUUGGAAAGUUAAAUAUCCAUAAUCACUUGACCAAGCCUAAAAAGUCCUCGUUACAGCGGAAGCAUCAACGACAUGUUAGAAGGGCAGCCAGAGGCGUCCUGGAAGAGUACUUGGCCGCCAUGGUUGAGUGCUCACAAAUGUCACUUGAUGCCAGGGAAAGGCAGGAGGCGAGUGACCGGGUAAUGUCCUCAACAGAUAAAUCAGUUCGUGCUAGAAAGCUUGCUCUUGCAAAGCUUUUCAGCAUGGAAAAUGAGGAUUACGACAUUGAUGCACCGGAGGCUCAAAUUUAUGACUAUAAUAUGGACAUCAUGUUGAAGUGUUUGCUCCUGGAAGGUAUCGCCUCCAUUGCCGUAGUCUUGGGAGGUACAGAAUUUGAGAUGGAGCUGGUUCGAGUUCUUUAUAUUUUGUUAGAGCACCUUGGCGAUCAGGAUUCAACAUUAGUAAGAGACACUGCUGAAGCAACGCUGGAGCAUGUGGCAUUUGUUUGUCACUACGACUCUAUUGGAGACUUAAUUCAAGCCAACUAUGACUAUGUAAUUCAGCAAGUAUCACAACGGAUUGCGUUCUUGAGCUCUAACCCAAAGACACCACAGGUUUUGUGGGCUCUGAUUCGUGUCGUGGGAUCGCCUGCUGUUUCCAUGCUGGAGGAUUCUGUCACAGAAAUUUUUGGGGCCUUAGACCACUGGAAGAAUCAAGAAGAUCAAGUUGGUGAAGGAUUGUUGAAGUCCUUGGGCGAGAUCGUGAAGGUUAUGGCGCAAGAUAUGUCUUUUCAAAAUACAACAUCUGAAGGCGGUACAGCAGGAUCGAAGCGUGAUUCUGGUGUUUUAAUGUCGCCAGGAAUUGAAUUUUCAGAGAGGGAUAAACCAUCUGCAGAGGUGGCUGAAUUCGCUAAGAAAUAUCGUAUUAUGGUUCACGGAACGAAUGAUACCAAUGAGGAUGCAGAGAAGCUGAGGAAAGAGACUGAGGAUAUGACGCCAGAAGAAAUAAAAAAAUAUUUCAUGAAGCUCGCCAAAGACGCCAAGGAGGAUGAAGAAAAGAAAUUUGGGGAGCGAGUCAAUGAAGGUGAUGUGUUGGCAGACGAUGAUCAGGAUGACGAGAAUACAAUGUCAUUUGGAGAUUUGCGUGCCAAAUUGCCCAAGCCUUCUAAAGAAGCACAACCGGAUCCAAUUACUAAACAUCAAGCGCUCUGUCUUCGGAUCCUGGACAAAGCUGGUUAUUUCCUCACAACAUCUUCUCCACGUAUGCGCAUCUUAGCAUUGGAGAUCAUUCAAUCAUCAAUAAUUGUUCUUAAGGAUCGGCCGCAAGAGCUCCAUCCUGCAAUCCAUGCAUUCUGGCCUUCGAUUGUAGGCCGUGUCUUGAAACGGUCAGAGAUGGAAGUGUUUUAUGUCAGCUUAAGAGCAAUCGAGGUUGUGACACUGUUGGCAGAAAAUUGUAGCGAUUUCUUGGGACGACAUCUAUUGGACGACAUAUGGCCGUUCAUUAUAAAGGCACUACAGGCUUGGACAACGAAGAAGCAAGCACCAGGCAUGAACAACAAGGCGCGAGUCAGGAUUACCUCCAAACAACAGCAGGACCACAAACAGAAGCAACGCUUACAGGGUCGACGUGAAGCAUCAGCAAAGGUAUAUACACUGGAACACCGACUACAGAUGACAACACUAGAAAGCGUAGCCAAGAUUGUUUGCAAGGUGCGGAUACCUGUGCGGGACCUAUGGGACAUGCUCUUGCUGGCAAGAGACAUGAUGCUGGAUCACCAUUGGACACUGCAUUGGGAUGUUCGUAUGGCAGCAUCAGAGGCGAUAAAAAGUAUGGCUGUGGCUGGACAUGGAGAUGCUGUUUAUGUGGCUCUAAAUGAGGUCAUAGAGGGCUCAAACGAGGUAGAGGUGAAUGAGAAUAGUGAAGUAGAGAAGGAGAAGGAGGAAGACGAGGCCGUCAAGAUGUGUCAAGAUAUCAUAUCGUUCAUGGAGA